AUGACAACUGCACAAAAUCCACGAUCACAAGUGUUGAUUGCCAGCAGAUUUCGGAGCGGGAGUCUGGGUGAUAGUCUGGACAGCCCGCCCCACUCUCCUCCGCCCCCACCUCCAAAGGAACCUGAGGUUGACAUUCCAAACUUUCCACCGGUCUACAAUCCUCCCCCAUCAAGCGCUGCUCGCGUUAACAAGCCAGGGACAGUUGGCUCAAAGGUGAGUCGUAUGAAGGAAAUAUUCCAGCACUCGGCAGCCAGCAACGAUGUCCCGGACCACAAGUUUCAGCCCGUGCGCUCCUUCCAGCACCCGGUUGCCCGGGCACCUGCUACCCGUGCUGUUCCAUCAGCCCUCCAGCCUCGCAGUCCUCCUCCCGCGAACACCCGUCCUUCUGCCACAGGGCAUAUGGCCACCCGGGGGAAAAACAAGACUGCUGCUAGCGAUGAAACUGGGACUGUUGCCCCUUCCAGCCAUGUCCAGCGAUUCAACUAUACGCGGGCACUAUUUGCUCGCAUGGAAGAGGAACAGAAACAGCAGACGGAUCCUCACCCACCUCGUCGACAUUCCCCAACGUCACGAUCCCCCACCGUACGUUCACCUGUCAUGUCACCUGAGAGGCUUGCUCCAGCGCGAUCUUUAGUGGAUCACAGUUCUGGAUCGGAGGACGAUACACGUAAGAAACUUCGACUCUCUGAUGUUGGGGAUGCUGAUGAAGCACCAAGCUGGGCCCGACGGUCCCGCCCAGAACAACGCCCACCACUUCCGAACCGAAAACCAAACUUGGCUGAUAAGCCGAAGCCUGCAUUAUCGGAGCCAAAUAUAUCAAAAGCUGUGAACUCUGCCGUGAAUGAAACAUCGAGUAGUUUAUUGUGGAAACGUCGUCAAAAUGAUAUUAUGACGGAUAUCUCUAAUACAGAUAGAUAUCAUGAAUCACGUCUUGCCUCCAAUAUGUCGGCCAGUACUUCACAAGUUGAGACUAGCAGAACAGACAAUGAAAGUAUGAACGAUGAUUCAGUAUUCAGUGCAACUAAUGGGUCGGUAUCGGAGGAUUUGUCCAUAACAUCUGCAUAUCAUUCCAGGAAACCACACUUUCCGAGUGACAAUUUGAAAUUUAAUCAGGGUCGUUCCGCCUCUGCCGAAGUGUUAAACACAAAGACGGAGAGCAAAGAAAGUGAAGGAGGGGCAGACAAGGGUGGUGUCGUUUCUCGAUGGCCUCGGUCAAAUUCAGCUUCAGCAUCAGGCAAGCGACUAAGUCGAGGCGAAAUACAGGCGGCCAUAGAGAAAGCAGAUUCGUAUCUUCGAUCGACAAGUUCAACGGAAGAGGAACCAGCAAAGUCAGAACCACAGUCCAUGACACAGUCAGAUAUUUCCAACAUUGAAACGCAGAGCAAAGAACCACCUCAAAAAAUGAGUCAGUCUGAUUGUACUGAUUCCCCGGGCUAUGGGGACAGUGAGCUUAAAAGCUGGGCACUUUAUAGGAAACAGCGCUAUGCACGGGCGUCAGACCCAUUGCUGGAAGAUAAGGUUGGCGAUAUAAAUAAGUUAGGAAGCAUAUCAGACAUUAGUGUGAGCGGGUUUAGAAAAACUUCAGCAGAAAAUUUAUCAAAAUCACCACCAGAUAAGUCUAUGAGCAAAUCUGCUAUGAGCAAAUCUGCGGACUCCUUAGCGGCCAUUUCUCAAAGUUCCGUGCUAAAUCGACGACCCUUACGGUCACAACUACAACAACAAAACCCACCAACCACAAAUCUUUCAAAUGGUGCUCCGCCGUCACAAAGUCCAGACACAAUUGAAGGAAGUGAACAAUUCCAAACAGAUUCCACUGUAAAAUCAGAAAUCAAUGUAUCAGUCACUGUUUCAGACGCUGGAAUUAAUCUUAAAGAUAGUGGUGAAGACAGUGGAAUUCCCACUAAUGUCAGCAACAGCAUUAUACAUUCCUCUCUUGACUCCGCCCCCAUGGAGGCUGUGCCCCGCCCCAUUCCAGUUCCGAGGAGGUCUGCCCCGUCCCCACCAGUUGAACCCCCACCUCCUCCUCCUCCAGCAAGGGAGCCACCAGCCCAACCUGCCCCAGCAGCCAGAUCAUCCACCGAGAUGAUCCCACCGGAUUCCCCAACCCCGGUUGAUGAGCCGGAGAGCCCUAUGACCUCAGACAGCCUUGCGGUAGAGGAGACUGAGGUUGAGCCCGUCACAGGUGCGGGUCUGGCAUCCAUUCCACCGGUACCCGGCCUCGAUGUUCAGAUGCGAAACAAGGCACACGUUGUAGCCCUUGAAGAGCCUGAAGAAUCUAGUGAUUCGGAGAGCGGUGACCAAAUCAAUGCAAGGUGA